GUGACAUUUUUCUCUCUCACUCGCGCCAGUGUGGUCCGGCAACAGCAACGCAUUUGGAUUUUGACGUGUGACAGCGUAGAAUAGAACUGCAACCAAAAUAGGUUGCAAAUUGAUAGUGUAUCUAAAUAAAAACGAUCGGUUAUGAGAAAGUGAUAAAAAUGGCUGAAAGUAAAGGUGCGUUAAUUGCGAAAACAGUGCAAAAACAUGCAGGACGGGCGAAGGAAAAGUUGCUGCAGAAUCUGGGCAAGGUGGACCGCACCCUCGACGACAUCUUCGAGGAGCACCUGCAGAACUUCAACCGGCAGCACCAGCAGGCCACGAGGCUGCAAAAGGAGUUCAACAACUACAUCAGAUGUAUACGAGCGGUCCAAACAGCAUCCAAGUCGCUGAUGGAAGCGAUCACAGAGGCGUACGAGAGCGGGUGGUCGGGCCAUGACCUAUUGUAUGUGCAGGCGCAAAAUAUGGAGAUGCUGUGGCAGGAUUUCUCUCACAAGCUGGGAGACCAGGUGUUGAUCCCUCUCAACACGUAUACCAACCAAUUCCCGGAGGUCAGGAAAAAGAUUGAAAAACGAGGGCGCAAGUUGGUGGACUACGACAGCCAAAGACAUAGCUUCCAGAACCUACAGGCCAACGCUGCUAAGAGAAGGGAUGAUGUUAAGGUGACAAAAGGAAGGGAACAACUGGAAGAAGCCAAACGCACAUACGAAGUACUGAACUCUGAACUCCACGACGAACUGCCCGCUCUAUACGACUCCCGCGUCCUCUUCUACGUCAACAAUUUGCAAACUCUUUUCUCCGCCGAACAACUUUUCCACUCUGAGAGCUCUAAGGUAUUCAACGAACUGGAAGCCAUCACAGACAAGCUAGCAAACGAAUGUCAACGCGGAUCGUACAGCAAGAAGGCGAUCGCCAACAACGUCUCCCCGGUCAUCUCUCCAGCGCAUAACGGCAACGCUGCGUCCCCCACCAACACUGUGCAGACGCCGGCCGCGCUCAACGGCGACUCGUCCCCCUCCCCGCCCGCGCCGCGCUCCCCGCGCACUCCACCGCGCACCUCGCCCUCCCCGCCCUCCCCGCCGGACUCGCCCGCCGGCGCCGAGACCAACAACAACGGCGAACAAAACGACAAGAAGGUUGAAGAGCUCUACGACAUACCUGCCGAUGAUGUAGGCAACGCAACCGUUCUCCCAGGGUCCACGCCUGCCCAGGAGAAACCGAUCGCUAACGCGGAGAAGGCAAACAGUAUCGAAAAGGACAAGACUAUUAACGCACAAGAAAAGAACAUUAACGCACAAGACAAGAAUAGUAACGCAGUGGAAAAAGAGGUACAAGAAAAAGAAGUAGAUGUAGCAAAGGAGAGUCCGCAGAAAGAGGAGAGCAAAGGAGACGACGUUUACGAUAUACCUGUCGGGGCGACACUCGCGGGCCUGCCCCCGGGCACGCUGUACCGCGUGCGUGCUACGUACCGCUACACGCGUGAAGACAGCGACGAGUUGUCCUUCGAAGUCGGCGACAUCAUUCGCGUCGUCGAAUAUGAUGACCCUGAAGAACAGGAGGAAGGCUGGUUGAUGGGCAUAAAGGAAUCGACCAAUGAAAAGGGCAUGUUCCCCGCGAAUUUUACGCGGCCAAUAUGAGGUGUCGCGGCUAUCGGUGUAGCUUCCGCCGGCUACACCGCACUUAGCACGCCAAGGACGCUGGGGUAGUGCGGCACGAGCUGAACCCAACUGGUACACCGUACCCGUCGGGCUCACCUUCAACGCAAUACCCAUGAGUUUCUUUACAUGUGUGAGUGAACGGUCGAAACUCAUCGGUACAGUUGGGAACGAACCUGUCUUAGACGAAGUGUUCUGCGCAUUCCAAACGUUUCAAAUUCAAAAUUUUGGAACGUCGCGAAUGCCCGGAACACUUCGCUAUAAUUGUUUAUAACUUUAGAUUUUAGUUGUUGAAUGUUAAUAGAUAUCUAUUAUUUAUUACUUGUGUUGUAUUACAACGAAUUAUGAUUUAAUACAUUACCCGUUUACUUUAUUUAACGAUUAUAAUGAUUUGUAACAAUCUGUAUAUACCAUUUGUAUUCUAAGAUCAUUUUAGUCACUAUCAGUAUGGUGUAGGGUUAAACGUCCAAUAUGUAUUAUAAUUGAAAUUACUAGAUUAAUUUUAUGAUUAACAACAAUAUGAUGCUUAAAGAUAUUUUGUAUUGAAAUUAAUGUUUUUGACUUGUUUACUUUAUAAUCGUUUUGACAAUAAUCGGCACAUAAAUAUCGAAUUGCGUAUAAAUUUUAAUAAAAAUGCUCAUGUUUAUAUAAAUAAUGUAAAUGGGAAGUGACCUUAACGUGAGUUGGGUAAGCCGACGAACAAUACUGUUUUAUACAUAUUUUACGAACAACGUUUUCUCAUCAUGAUUUCCAUUUUCAGUAUUAAAUCAUAAUAGUGCCGGGCUAUCUAUGUCAACUGCGGUAGUCUUAUUCUACGCCUGUAUUCUGAUUAUUUCCAUUCACACAUUGCAUUUUAUAAUGAAAGUGUUGGGUUGCAUUUGAAAAUAUAAUAUUGAUUGUCUAUAGUUUUAGAUGUCAGCUUUUUUGAAAGUCCGCAUCCGUCGAAUAUAGGUCAGAACCUCACAGAACCCAUUAUUUUCUUCUUUAGCUAAAGCUCGAUUUCACGCGUGUGAGUUAAUUUAUAUUGUAAGUUAAGGUAUUAAACGCCCCCAAAAUCACAUCAACAUUUUCAUAUUACUUUCUAUAGUCUGAAUUACAUAUUCAAAUUAUGUCUUUAAACUCAGAUCAUUUUAUGAAAUCAGAAAUUUAGAUGUAUAUAAAAUUGAUUUUAGAGUUUUUGUUGACCCUUUAUCUUAUUGUUACGAUUUUAAUGUAGUGAUUAAUUCGAAUAUAUCAUGUCUUCUUAUUCUCGAGUCGGUAAACUUUUAUUUAAGUAGGUUUAUGUUUUGUUAAAUCAAUUUAACCGUAAUAGUGAACUGACUAACUUCAAUUAUCUUUAGAAUAAGAAUGCUUUGAUUAACUGUUAAAUAUUAGUCGUUUUUCAGUGGUUAUAUUAAAAUGAUCUUUAGAAGAUAAUGGUAUCAAACUAUACAGAUUUUUUAUUAUAGUGGUAUUGAGAAACGACUAGUAUAAUUAAUCGGACAAUGCCCAGAAAAUAAUUGAUAUUACAAUACAAUUGCCUGUGUCAAAAACGGUGCUUAGAAAGUGUACAUAUAUACUUUAUACAUUUUGCCCCAUGUUUAGUGAUAAGGAGCGAGUGAAACGUGUGUUGAAUUAUUGAAGUCAUACGAGUUUCCAACAUUUUCUGUUUUAUCUAUCACUAAUGAUAAGAAUCCUACUCAUAUAUUUUGUAUGGCAUCAGUAACAUUAUCAAUGGAAUAAAAAGCCAUAUUUUCGUAAUAGUUCCCUACAAUCAGUAGAAGAAACAUUGUUUUUAGGAACAUCUACUAACAUUUUCUAAAGAAAAAAUAUAAAUCGACUGAUGUUUUAUAGAAAAUGUUGAGAAAGUAAGUUGCAACGUAGCCUAGGAGUACACACGCGAACACUGCUAGUUACGCCAACGCUACUGGCUGUCCAGUGGAUGGUGUAUGUAGCUGUGUUGCCGGCCGUACAUUGGAGAGUUGUGGCUUUAUAUCAGCAGUGCCAUGCGAAGGUCCAUAAUAGAUUAAUUUAUAAGUUUGUUAGGACUUGUACAGUUUUUACAACUGCAAAUAAAAUGUUUCUCACAA